CCCCCCCCCACCCCGGCGCCGCCACAUUUGCGCCUCCUCCUAGGCGACCUCGCCGGCGGCGAAAGGACACAGGUACACCUUCUCCUACCCUAUUCUCGAGUCGAGAGGUGUCGCGCUCGCGCUCCCCUCUGCUGAAACUCCUUUUGUUCCGGGGGGAUUUGUUUCGCUGGGCGGGCGGUGAGACCCGGCUUGUUUCAAUUGAAAGAUGAGGAAGCUCAAGUUCCACGAGAAGAAGCUCCUCAAGAGGACAAAUUUCUUGGAGUACAAGCGUGAGGGUGGCCACCGGGAGGCGCUUGUGACCCAGCGCUACCGCCUCGUCGAGAGGGACGACUACAAGAAGUACAAUGGCAUAUGCUUAAUGGUGCAAAAGCUCGUUAACAUCAUAAAGCAGAUGGACCCAAGAGAUCCUUUCAGAAUCGAAAUGACAGACAUGCUGCUUGAUAAGCUAUAUAAUAUGGGUGUAAUUCCAACCAAAAAGAGCCUGUUAAAAUGCGAGAACCUUUCAGUUAGCGCCUUCUGCAGGCGGAGACUGGCAACAGUAAUGGUGAACCUCAAGUUUGCAGAGCACCUUAAAGAGGCGGUAACAUACAUCGAGCAGGGGCAUGUGCGUGUAGGUCCAGAGACUGUUACGGAUCCAGCCUUCCUUGUGACCAGAAACAUGGAGGACUUCAUCACCUGGGUGGAUUCCUCAAAGAUCAAGAGGAGAGUCAUGGAGUACAAUGACGCAUUGGAUGAUUAUGAUUCCAUGUUUUGAGAAAAUCAUUCAGUAGAAAUUUCUGCGGCAUCAACGUAAUAUUAGCUACUUUCAUAUGGCAUUCAGAACAAAAAAUCUGUGGCGAUUGUUUGUUGCAGGGUACUUGCAUUUGCAUUGCAUACAUUAUACAAGUUCAUAGUUGGUUGCCAACACAUUAUGUCUGAUGUAGUGUGCGAUUGUCUUUUUAAAGGUGAGUUUUAUGGUAUAUUGCCGGGUCUGGAUACCCAAGUUGUCUGA